CGGAAGCGUCAAAGCGUCGGGGGCUGAUGGCGUCACGGGAGCGACGACGCGGAAGUCGCGGCAGCAGCUGGUGCAGGAGGAGCAGGUGGCAGCGGCGGCGAUUAUACUCUCAGGGAUGACUCAGUUGGGUGCCAUAGCAGCUCUAGCUGCCAGCCUGGUGGCCGCUGCUCUUUUUUCUGCAAUACACAAGAUCGAGGAAGGGCACAUUGGUGUUUAUUACAGGGGAGGAGCCCUGCUGACAUCCACCAGUGGCCCUGGCUUCCACCUAAUGCUCCCUUUCAUUACCUCCUAUAAAUCAGUACAGACAACAUUGCAAACAGAUGAAGUAAAAAACGUUCCAUGUGGCACAAGUGGAGGAGUGAUGAUCUAUUUUGACCGAAUUGAGGUUGUGAACUUCCUAAUCCAAAGUGCCGAUUUACGCCCCACUUUUCAAUCAAAUGAGUUUCAAGGCGGCAUGCAACAAACAGUAUAUGACAUAGUGAAGAACUUCACUGCAGAUUAUGACAAGGCUCUCAUCUUCAACAAGAUCCACCAUGAGCUCAACCAGUUCUGCAGUGUCCACACUCUCCAGGAAGUUUACAUUGAAUUAUUUGAUCAGAUUGAUGAAAACCUGAAACUGGCUCUCCAGCAAGACCUGACAUCCAUGGCACCAGGACUCAUCAUACAGGCAGUCCGAGUCACAAAGCCAAACAUCCCAGAGACAAUUCGGAGGAAUUACGAACUCAUGGAGAGCGAGAAGACAAAGCUGCUGAUUGCAGCUCAGAAGCAGAAGGUGGUGGAGAAGGAGGCCGAGACGGAGCGCAAGAAGGCUCUUAUUGAGGCAGAAAAAAUAGCCCAGGUGGCUGAAAUAACAUACGGGCAGAAGGUGAUGGAAAAAGAAACUGAAAAGCGAAUCUCUGAGAUUGAAGAUGCUGCAUUCCUUGCUAGAGAGAAGGCGAGGGCAGAUGCGGAAUGUUACACUGCUUUGAAGAUGGCAGAAGCCAACAAGCUAAAACUGACUCCAGAAUACUUGCAGCUGAUGAAGUACAAAGCAAUUGCCACCAACAGCAAGAUCUACUUUGGCAAAGAUAUUCCAAACAUGUUCAUGGACCACGCUGGGACUCCCACAAAGUCUUCAGAAGGACCCACAGAGGAGCAGAGAGAUGAAAACUGGCUAGGAGCAGGGGAGGGUUUGUGAAUCUUGAGUCUGGCCAACGGGGCAACCUGAUCUUUGAAUGAAUGGAACUGACGCGAAGCGCCUCUCCUCAAUGUGAUUUCUUUCUCUCUUCUGGGAUGUCGGAGAAGAGCCAGGCAAAGCUGUGCUUUUUUUAUUUAAAAAAAGGUGUUGGGGGGAGGCAGGCUGGUUUGUUGGAAGCACAUAAUGGGACAGCUUCCUGACUUAUUUCUCAGCAGUCAGAUUCACUGUCAUGUUUGUCUCGUGCGGAUGGAGAAAGCAACACUGAAUCACACUAAAGAGGCUGCAGCAUUUUCCUGAUGGACUCUGCAGCCAAUCAGUUUCCUUGCAAUUAAAGAAGGGGAGCCUUUUCUUGCUAGAAACUGUUCUUUCCUCUGGCAGAUAUGCACAUGUUACAAGUCAAGUCCAACAGGUGGGUAAUAAGCAUCUUACCCAGCAAACUCAGCAAUCGGAAGGCGUUUCUUUCUCUUUCUGUCUCUCUCUCUCUCUCUCUCUCUCUCUCUCUCUCUCUCUCUCUCUCUCUCUCUCUCCUUUCUUACUGGUCUUUGAGUGCUUGAUGUAGCCCAAAUUUGAUAAUAUGCACACCAGCUGGAUACCAACCACAUGUCCUUCCUGGAUUAUUAGGAUUCAUGAGCAUGCUGUCCAACCGUUGGAUUUUACCUGUAGCAUAUAUGUUGACCCCAUUCCACCCUCAAAUAAAGGUGCUAUGUUUUGAAUUAAAACACA